AUGGACGUGGACGUGGACGUGGACGUGGACGUGGACGUGGACGUGGACGUGGACGUGGACGUGGACGUGGACGUGGACGUGGACGUGGACGUGGACGUGGACGUGGACGUGGACAUGGACGUGGACAUGGACGUGGACGUGGACGUGGACGUGGACGUGGACGUGGACGUGGACGUGGACGUGACGUGGACGUGGACGUGGACGUGGACGUGGACGUGGACGUGGACGUGGACGUGGACGUGGACGUGGACGUGGACUGGACGUGGACGUGGACGUGGACGUGGACGUGGACGUGGACGUGGACGUGGACGUGGACGUGGACGUGGACGUGGACGUGGACGUGGACGUGGACGUGGACGUGACGUGGACGUGGACAUGGACGUGGACGUGGACGUGGACGUGGACGUGGACGUGGACGUGGACGUGGACGUGGACGUGGACGUGGACGUGGACGUGGACGUGGACGUGGACGUGGACAUGGACGUGGACGUGGACGUGGACGUGGACGUGGACAUGGACGUGGACGUGGACGUGGACGUGGACGUGGACGUGGACGUGGACGUGGACGUGGACGUGGACGUGGACGUGGACGUGGACGUGGACGUGGACGUGGACGUGGACGUGGACGUGGACGUGGACGUGGACGUGGACGUGGACGUGGACGUGGACGUGGACGUGGACGUGGACGUGGACGUGGACGUGGACGUGGACGUGGACGUGGACGUGGACGUGGACGUGGACGUGGACGUGGACGUGGACGUGGACGUGGACGUGGACGUGACGUGGACAUGGACGUGGACGUGGACGUGGACGUGGACGUGGACGUGGACGUGGACGUGGACGUGGACGUGGACGUGGACGUGGACGUGGACGUGGACGUGGACGUGGACAUGGACGUGGACGUGGACGUGGACGUGGACGUGGACGUGGAUGGACGUGGACGUGGACGUGGACGUGGACGUGGACGUGGACGUGGACGUGGACGUGGACGUGGACGUGGACGUGGACGUGGACGUGGACGUGGACGUGGACGUGGACGUGGACAUGGACGUGGACGUGGACGUGGACGUGGACGUGGACGUGGACGUGGACGUGGACGUGGACGUGGACGUGGACGUGGACGUGGACAUGGACGUGGACGUGGACGUGGACGUGGACGUGGACAUGGACGUGGACGUGGACGUGGAC